UUACCCAAAUCACCUUCAACCGCCACCGACACUGUGUUGCCUCAAGCUUAGCUUUAUGGUGCGCGUGAAGCAUGAAAAGCCCGCAAAUGAAGACUUUGUCACCGUAUAUUACCUUUUUCUAACACAAUCUCGACUUUAUUAUUAUUUUUGCAAUUGUCAUCUAAUCGUCAUAGUUUAUUUAUGUUUUUGGUUCAUAUAAACAACGCGGUGUUGCAUGCGACCACCUUCAGACCGCUGCCAAACAUUUUCGAGACAAUACCGCCGCGGAGAGAAUGUGUGCGAAUUUCGACACGAGCCUAUGGUGGAAGGGCCACCAUCGAACCAACGGUGUUUUACUGUUAUUGUUGUUGCUUUUAAAGCCAACAUUUAUACAAACAUUGCGUGAAAUGAUCGAUGAGAAUAGUUUUGAUUAUUUAAAGAUUAACAGCAACAAGCAUUAUGCAAAUACAACGAAUAUGCCUGAACGCCUAGCAUCAAGUGAAGACAGUGGGGUAUUACAUUACUUUCGGUUCCAUGGCUUCGAACCGCGUGCGCUGAGCACCUACACUUGGACUACAUCGACAAGCAGACCAACAGUGGAGGUGGAAAGAAAAUCUAUUGGCAGUAAAGAAAGUGCUAAUGCGAUCAGCAAAAAUGUACCGGAAAACCGCAAGGCUCGUGGUAUACACUUUGAGGCCGACGGUAAAGAUCUUUCCAUCAAUUUGGAAUUCAUUAUACCGUUUCUGCGUGUGCCCAUCGCGCGUAGUGUUCAAAUCACACAAGCGGCUUUUCGUAAAUUGGCCGAUUUGAAUUCGGAUACACUGCUGCUCAGCAGUGGCUUUGCAAUUGUAGGCGCAAUUAUAGCGGCGAUUAUAAAAACCUUCACGACACCUACGCUCCUUGGUUAUGGCUAUAAAAAAGCCUCACGAGCUGCGGACUUCAUGGAUGGCUUAAAGUUCGCCAGUUAUGUGCCGACGACCGAUCAAGGUGAUACAGUAACGAAAUCUAUUAUCAAAGUUCAAGAUAUGCUAAAUGUUUUGGAGCGCAAUCUAUAUGCAAACCACAUAAAUAUAAGCGUUUGCGCUCAGCGAGCGAUCUGUAGUUAUGUGCAGCAAGCCACAACAGGCGUACGCACAGGAUUGGGCUCACCCACUGAUCGCAUCAUCGAUGGACUUAUCAGUUUGGAUCUGCUGAAGAACUAUUUGAAUGGCACCGCUUUGCAUAAUGCUAUAGACAUGGGUCGUACGAAGGAUAUCACGGAUUGUGAGCUCAUAUAUCGCGAUUGUGAAUGGUCGAAACUGCAAAAUAAAGCUUGGGAAAUAGCGAAGAAGUUUUUUAUUGGAUAUCUCGGGAGACAGGUGUAGUGACUUUAGUGACACCACGUUCGAGUUGUGCUUGUACCGUUAUUGUUGUUAAAAAGCUGUUAUAAUAUUUCUAUAAUUUUAAAAUAGUGUAGUAUUUUUAUAUUUUUUCUAUGAGCUUAAGUGCCAAAAAU